GAUGUGUUGCAUCAUGUGAAUGUUCGAAGAGAAAUGAGUGAAGAUCACUCUUUUCUUCGUAUCCCUCCUCCUACUGGCUGGAUGAGUAGUCUCAAUAGUGUUCGGAUUCAUUGCCAGGAACAAUCCCAUUUAUGGUAUCGUUGGAGUGGCUUUAGAAGUGGAUCUCCAACAAAUAGUAUUCAUAUUCUGUCUGGUUGCAGGAAUUGUCCUUCUUUUUGUAAUGGCUUGUGGAAUGGGGACUGCUACGAAGAGAUAUUGCUUCCUUCACUACACAUUUGGUAUCUUUCUAUCACUAGUUACGGUAUUGUUCAUCAUACUAGGAGUUGCCAUGACAGCUAUUGGUUUCGGACUUGCAGACCAGUUACAGGAGCUUUGUUCUUCUGAAAAUACAGAUAGUGAUUUCCAAGAAGCUAUGAAUGAACUGUAUUUCCGUUGUGAUACAUUUUAUUGUACUGUCCUCUGUCCUUGUUAUAUCGGAUCAACAUUAUAUUUCACAGGGAAAACAGCAGCUACGAUUAAUCCAUACGACAACACAAAAGUGCAAGAUUGUAGACAAUACAUCCAAGCUGCCUACUCUACAUACAAUCUUGAAUUCUCAGACAUUGACCACAUUGUUGAGUUCCUUGAUUACUUCGGAGAAAUUGAGAUGGAGUACAAAUGUUCAGGGAUCUGCAAACUUCAAACAGUCUACUACUUCGGAGACUCUUCAAGAGGUGAACCCCCAAAAACAUGCAAAGACCCUAUCAGAGAAGACCUUCUUAUAGGUGAAAUGGGUUUGAUGGGAAUCGGAUAUCUCAUCAUUGGUGUGGCUCUCUUCGUUGUUCUGUUUGUCCAAUAUGGACUCUGAUGCAGGGAAAAAGAUGAUAGAUACAGUGAAGAUGAUAGUAGCCGCAAGUAUGAUGGAAGUCGUUAUGAAAAUCCUAAACCUUAUGCAGCACAAAGAGCUCAAAAUUAUGAAAUUUCUCAACCUAAUGGAACAGGACCAGCAUAUGUUAACAACAACCCAUACAUGUAAAUCCUUAUAUUUGAGCCCUUAGAUCAACUCUGAAGCUGAAUAUGUAUUUC